AUGGAUGAAUGGAACAACUACGAUGAAGAAACCAAUCUUAUGGACUGGAUUCCCUGGUUCACCAAUUUGGAAGGACACGAGUUUCUCGUACAGGUUGAUGAAUUGUAUAUAAGAGAUAAUUUUAACAUGUGUGGUUUGAAGACCAUUGAACAUUAUGAUGAGGCUAUGGAUAUGAUCCUAGGCUCUGCGCCUUCCGAGGAAGUCUUUUUAGAUGAUAAGUUUUUGCAUAUAUAUCGUAGUGCAACCGAUUUAUACGGGUUAAUACACUCCAGAUACAUCGUUUCACCCAAGGGGCUUCAACUAAUGAAGGAUAAGUAUUUGCAGGGAGUUUUUGGUCAGUGCCCAAGACUCAAGUGUGAUAGGCAAAAUCUACUACCAGUUGGAUUUAGUGAUUAUUUACACAAUCAUCGUGUAAAAGCUUAUUGCCCGAGAUGUCAAGAAGCAUAUAUUAUUAAAUCAGGAGAGAUAAAUGCAGAUUUGGAUGGAGCAUUUUUUGGAAGAUCAUUCCCUCAUAUAUUUUUGCUAAACUUCACAUACUUGAUACCGAAUGAACCUCCAACGCCAUACGUUGCCAAAAUAUUUGGAUUCAAAGUACGCGAUAUAAAUUCUCUCAUUCAGAUAAAGUUGGAUAAUGGUGAAUUUGGUGAUAAUGUGAGCAGCAAGGUUAAGAGGAUAGCAUAUUAG